CAUACCCGGCGACCCGCUCCUUCGCGCAUGAUUAGCGUAGUGGCUUGCGAAUCAACCCCGCCUCCUCAUUUUGCGACAUAUGCUUUCCAACGCCGCUGUAUCACGACAUUACAAUGUCCAGCAGUCAAGGAUGGGUGCAGCUGUGAAGGAACGACGGUUGUUGGACUCACGUGUGCGAUAAAUGGCCGCCGCGCCCGACAAUAUUUCCGAACAGUAGUUCACGACUCAGGUGCCAAGGCCCACCGAACCGGUUCCUGCAUAGCGCAUCUUCAACACUACAAGCUUGACCUUCUCCAGUCGAUAUGAUCUCCGCAUUGUGCCGUGUCGGAGUUAUCUGACGUAGUCGGACCGCUUUCGAGCACCCCCACCCUUGCUGUAGAAAAGAAUCCGCAAGAAAGAAAACUCGGAGAUACUUUCUGGAUGUUCUUGCAUCUUCAUCUUCACCACCGGACGGCAAGAUGCUUACACAACUUCUUGCGGUAGGGCUUCUGAGCCUCGCGAAACCCGUUCGGGCAAGCUAUGGGUUCUACGUCGGAAAGAACCUGACACAGGAUGGCAGCGUGAUGCUAGGUGGCACCGGAGAAGAAGUGUCUUCGCACUGGCUUCAGAUUUUUCCAGCAAAGGACCACGCCCCGAAUGCGACCAUCACAGUUGGAGUUACUGAAGACGCAUCGAUACCUGGCAAGUUGAUGAACAUCUCACAAGUGCCGCACACAUUUCGCUAUCUUUCGAUGGAAUACUCCGACUUCGAAGGCUUCCCGCCUCCUCUGACGAACGGUGGUGUGAAUGAGAAGGGUGUUGCUGUCAGAGACAUCUGGGCGCAAAACCGAGAUGAUCUGAUCGCCAUGACGCCAAACCCUCAGACAGGGUUACAAUACUCCGACCUGGCCCGUAUUGUCAUGGAACGAGCAAGCACCGCCCGCGAAGGUGUCGAGCUCAUUGGCCAGAUGAUUGCAGAAUACGGGUACGCCGACUACGGCGGCAACUCGCAUCUCAUUGCAGACGCGAAUGAAGGCUGGGUCGUAUGGCAGAUGUCAGGAGGCAAGAAGCUCUGGGCUGCAGAACGUCUCGGCGAGAACGACGUACGCGUGCUUUAUCCAGGUUACAUUGAGGACUUCCCGGUCGAUUUCGAAAACAGUACAGACUACAUGGGUAGCCCGAACAUCGUGAGCUUCGCCGUCGAACAAGGCUGGUGGAACCCGAACGGAACCGAGCCGUUCAACAUCUUCAAUGCGUAUGCCUACCAAGCGGAGGGAUACACCGCGCGAGACGGAGGUGCGAAGUACAUGUCUCAAGCCGCUCUCGAAAACGCGACUCGUGCGAUGGCUCCGGUAACCGAGAAAGACCUCAUCGAACGCGUUCGCGACUACCGCAUUUCAGACGACGAAGCCGGCUAUGGCCAAGUUGUGUCUCUUCGCGCAGAUAUGGAUCCGGAUCUGAUUCGCAUCUGGGUCGCUCCGACGGGAUCGGUAACCGCACCCUUCAAUCCGUGGUGGCUGGGCGUAAAGAGCGUACCGCCUGAGUACGGUCUCCAUCGCUAUCUCUACAAAGACGCCGCAUCCACUUUCUUAGACACGGACUACCAAUACCAAGAAGCUACGCACUUCGCUGGACGCAUUUUCAAGCAGGUGCUCUACUACACUUGCUCGGAUCCGGAGACAUACCUACCCAUCGUCCAGAACAUGCUUCACGGGUUCGAGAACGCUUCCUUCGCAGAUAUGGAGUGGGUGGAGCGCAGUGCUAAGACUUUGGUAGAGAAUGGCAUGCGAGAAGAUGCGCUCGAACUCCUGACAUUCUAUUCGCAUACUAGGGCUGAGAAGGCCUUGGCUCUAGGGAAGACUAUGGUCGAUGCGCUUGACUCGUAUGUCAAGCUUAUGGGACAGUUCCGCAUGCCAACCGGCGACCGCAUCAACGACCCUGGGCUUGGAGCGGAGACCGUGAAUUGCUUGGUUGGCUGGGAUCCUGACCAACCCGCCGAUCAACAGAGACCAUUGAGGAGGUUUAGGCGUCAAGUCUAAUAUGAGGCGGAGGGUACGACUCAUCGUUAUGUAUAUCUGUCAUAAUAAUUGCUCUUGUACUUUAUGCUACACUUCCACCUGCUCGUGGGCCGACACAAGCACGAGAAGCACCCGCGAAGCUCUGAUCUGAAGCUGCUGCAAAGGACCACUUCUCCAUAUUCGCAAUUUUCCUAAGCCCUUGUUGUGCACAGUCGCAAAAAUGCAUGUCCGAGGUUGCUUUAUAAUUUUUGCAAGGCUGCGCGAGAACAAGAAAGUGUCUCAAGAGGUGAUUGUAAUGAAAAUUGAACUUCACCCAUGGACGCGUCGAGAUGAGAUCAUCAAAUGAUUCGGCUUACUAAGCCACUAGUGAGACGGCCCUUGCGGACAGCCGCUCCGGAGCUUCCAU